ACAGAGAAAGCUGAGCUUAUCCUACUUUCCACAUCUCCAUUACCAGAUCUUGCCCCCGAACAGGUUAGAGAUGCUGUAGUGAAAGGAGCUUAUCCUGAGCUGCCUUUCAUUUAGCUUCCACAGGAAUCUGAGAAAAAGUCCCUCUCUAUCUGCAACCGGACUGGGACUGCUAGGAGAAGUUUUGGCGGAGGUGAUUGGGUGGAGCUGGCUUUCCUGGCAUUGUAACACAGAUUUUCCUGUUGUGAUCUAAUGUCAGCAGUCUCACAUUAGCUCCCCCAGCUCAGCACAAGGAUACGCUGUGUGUUCAGUAGCAGUGCCCCUCAGGACCUCUGACCUGUCAGCCUUGGGUUGCCCGGUGCCCUUCUUGCACAAUGCUCUACUUAACAGAAGCAUGGCGAGAUCCAUCGAUAGCUGAUCAGCUUCCCUGGAUUUCGCUGACGACACAGGAAAGCUUUGCCUGAAGAUGGAAACACUGGAGUCGGAACUGACCUGCCCUAUCUGUCUGGAGCUGUUUGAAGACCCACUGCUGCUGCCUUGUGCUCACAGCCUCUGUUUCAACUGUGCGCAUCGCAUCCUGGUCUCCCACUGUGCCAACAACGAAUCCGUAGAAUCUAUUAACGCCUUCCAGUGCCCCACCUGCCGUUAUGUCAUCACACUCAGUAAGCGCGGCUUAGACGGACUCAAGAGGAACGUGACUUUGCAGAACAUCAUCGACAGAUUUCAGAAGGCAUCUGUGAGUGGGCCAAAUUCCCCUAGUGAGACCCGCCGAGAGCGAACAUACGAUACCAACAACAGCAUGAAUUCCAGUGAGAAAGUACUCUGCCAGUUCUGUGACCAGGACCAGGCACGAGAGGCCAUAAAAACAUGCGUGACUUGUGAAGUGUCAUAUUGUGAUGACUGCCUAAAGGCAACUCACCCAAAUAAGAAGCCAUUCACUGGCCACCGUUUGAUUGAACCUAUCCCUGACUCGCACAUCAGAGGGUUAAUGUGUCUGGAACACGAGGAUGAGAAAGUUAACAUGUAUUGUGUGACAGAUGACCAACUAAUAUGUGCCUUGUGUAAACUGGUUGGGCGGCAUCGGGAUCAUCAAGUUGCUGCUCUAGCUGACCGAUACGACAAGUUAAAGCAAAGCCUGGAAAGCAACCUUACCAGCCUCAUCAAAAGAAACACCGAGAUGGAAAUGCUGUUAGCCAAGCUUAUUCAGACAUGCCAGCAUGUUGAGGUAAAUGCAUCCCGUCAAGAGGGAAAAUUAAUGGAAGAGAGCGAUCAACUGAUUGAAAUUAUACAGCAGAGAAGACAAAUUAUUGGAACGAAAAUUAAGGAAGGAAAGGUGGUCAGGUUGAGGAAGUUGGCCCAGCAAAUUGCCAAUUGCAAGCAGUGCAUUGAACGCUCAACAUCUCUCAUCUCCCAAGCAGAGCAGUCUCUGAAGGAGGCUGACCAUGCUCGCUUCCUCCAGUCAGCAAAAAGCAUCACUGAAAGAGUAUCAAUGGCAACUGCAUCCUCCCAAGUGCUGAUUCCGGAGAUUAAUCUGAAUGACACAUUUGACACAUUCGCAUUGGAUUUUUCUAGAGAGAAGAAGCUGUUAGAAUGUCUUGACUAUCUCACAGCUCCUAAUCCCCCGGUGAUCAGAGAAGAGCUCUGUACAGCGUCUUAUGACACAAUUACUGUGCACUGGACAUCUGACGACGAGUUCAGUGUCGUUUCCUAUGAACUUCAAUACACUAUUUUCACUGGACAGGCCAACGUAGUCAGCUUGUGUAACUCUGCCGACAGCUGGAUGAUUGUUCCUAAUAUCAAGCAGAACCACUAUACAGUGCACGGCCUACAAAGCGGCACCAAGUAUAUUUUUAUUGUGAAGGCCAUAAACCAAGCCGGCAGCCGGAACAGUGAACCUGGAAAAUUAAAGACAAACAGUCAGCCUUUUAAACUAGACCCGAAGUCUGCCCAUCGAAAGCUUAAGGUUUCUCACGAUAACUUGACAGUGGAAAGAGAUGAAACCUCUUCGAAAAAGAGCCACACACCGGAGCGUUUCACUAGCCAAGGAAGUUAUGGUGUAGCUGGCAAUGUGUUUCUGGACAGUGGCCGCCAUUACUGGGAAGUGGUUAUAAGUGGAAGCACCUGGUAUGCUGUUGGCAUUGCAUACAAGUCUGCACCAAAGCACGAGUGGAUAGGAAAGAAUUCUGCCUCCUGGGUAUUUUGCCGAUGUAACAAUAACUGGGCAGUAAGACACAACAGUAAAGAGAUUCCGAUUGAGCCCUCUCCACAUCUACGGCGCAUUGGAAUUUUACUAGACUACGAUAAUGGCUCACUGUCAUUUUAUGAUGCCUUGAACUCUAUUCACCUUUACACGUUUGACAUUGCUUUUGCACAACCUGUGUGUCCCACUCUCACUGUUUGGAACAAAUGUUUGACAAUUUUAACUGGACUUCCAAUACCUGAUCAUCUGGACUGCUUGGAGCAGCUGGCAUGACUUCUACAGAAAGUCACCUUUGCGUGACCAUAUCUUUAUUUGGCACACUAUGCUCCAGAAGUCAAAAUUUGAAGAUUUUGUUUUCUUUGAUUUAAAUUCAUUACAGGAAUGUUUUACCAAUUAUUUAUGAAUAGACUUUUGUUUAGUCUUUUUUUUUCCGGUUUUGCACAUUGACCUUGUUGAUUUAGCCGUCCUGCUUGUGGUGCUCAUUUAGGAGUGGAAUGUUCUAGAAUAUUAUCUGCAGACCUUCAUGGACUUGUUUCAGUUG